AUGUAUCGCAGUACGGUGGGGAAAGAGAGAGACACUGUUGAAGCCGCUAGUAUAACCGUUUCGCAACGCCAAGGGCCCUCCAAAUCGAAGGGCGGACUAGACAGCAUCUUCGACUCGUUCGGCCCCGCCAACGACGAAUUCUCCUGCCGAAGGCGUCACAUCCAUAGAGCGGAUUACAAUGACGAUGAUUAUGAUGACGGGUGGUAUGAAAAGGGACACCCAAGAUGGCUAGAUAAGUACAACAUGUCCACGUAUCACUCUGGACAGUAUCCGUGUAAGGCCGCAUUGAGGAGACAAAACUCUUACCCCAUUCCGACGCGCCUAGCGAUAGAAGCACGCCGGCAAUCACUAUAUCCAUAUCCACACGUACCCGAUAGAAGAUCGUUACAUAAUGACUACGAAGAAUCGCCAUACUUGGCUCCCAAAGAUGUUACACUAGGCCAACCUCGUCGAACGGGAACAACAAAAAGUCGCUACGCCAACUCGAUCAACCCAUUUAGUCCAAGCGAUCCGGUCGACCCUUUCAGUCCAUAUGCAGAUGGCGCCAGUCGGCGCAGACUUGAUGCUGCGACUGCUCGCUUACGCUCGAGUUACCGUGAAGAUGACGAGUGGUUUAGUCCGUUCCCACGCGGUGGUGGUGUCGAAGCGAGAUCUAGAUAUGGACGACGUGGUAGGAUACGGAGCCGUAGUUGGAGCCGUAGCCAAAGCCGAAGCCGGAGUUGCGACCGGUUCUACGAAAGAGAACCUGUGCGUCGCGUCCACUAUGCAGAUGAACCUGUAAAUCGUGUCAGACCCCAUUUCCCAUCUGGGGAUUUUGAUUCAUAUGGCGCAGACAGAGUUCCAGGCCGCACACGAAGGGGAAGAGGGCAGGAGCAUGAGAGCGUGGAAGAGAAGCUUGAGAGGCUGGAUAAGGAGUUGGAGACGCGGGAAGAAGAACUUCUGGGACAGCAUAGGUAUAAGUAG